AUCUCGAUUUUAGAAGUAUAUACUCCAUCAAUACUCCAUAAUGUGUGACAUCCGAUGGGGAUCCUUAUGGGGCCUUCCAUCCUGCACUUCCCCAUCACCGGUAUUUAUAUCAACUGCGGCUUGUCCGCAGCAGUCAGGUACAUUUCUUCUUAGAGUUGAUAGUGGUUCACAAUUUAAAUGUCUCUUGCCGCGGGCUACAAGUCCCAUGCAGUCAUAGCACUAUGCUACCCAUUGCUUUGUAUCUUUGUCUAUUAAUCACUUCCUACGGUCUCUAUUCAGAAGUGACAGGAGUUAGUCUAACGGUGGUGUCACAAGCAACGACUCAACGGCUGAGCCUGCAUCUAUUACUCAUAUCAUGCGCUCGGUUUACUUUUGCGAACUAGGUAUUAUUUCGGUUUCGGACUUGCGUAAGCUGUGCUGGACGGGCUCUCGAAGCAGGGUUCGGCGUUCAAAUCACUCAGGCUACCCUCCAAGUCUCCUGGCAAUGAAAAUCCCACGCCUAAGGACAAGCCGCAAGCGUGGUACUUUUGCGUUUCGGGGAUCGAGGAGGCCACGCACCUUGUUCCAUCCAUGCCAACUUCAAGACUGCGGCUGUUCUCCACCAGGAGAUUUUCGCUGGGAGCUUCUCCCGCUUCGAUUGUGGACCUUGACCUCUGGUUUAGGCGGGCGAGUGGAAUCGCUGCACUUGCUUCUCCGGGUCACACAGCAUGCAGCGAUUCAUAAACUCAGAAGAGGCUUACUGCAGUACGCAGUCCAGUAUGGAGUCAGGAAUAACAUUAACCACAUUCGGAUGAGGCCUCGCGCUCGUGGCCACGGAGCACUACGGGAGCGUGAAGGAAACAUGCCGUCAUACACCCCCCGUACCAUCCAAUACUUACAGACUUUCUUACCAACCCGGUAA